GAAUUCUUAUCUCUACUUGUCCUUAGGAUUGUUCACAAUCCGGGUUACAUUCAUAUAUCCUUCCUCUUCAUUUUGCCAUAGCCCCUGAAAUCGUAGGAAGAAGAAUCAAUAUGCCAUCCUUUAAGCGUCGGCGGCUUGGCUCUGCUGGGGGUUCUAAUUAUCACCAUUCUACCAGAGGACGAUCAUCAAGGUUUCGGUCAAGCUCUUCAAGAACGAGCUCUGUUUCUCAAGGUGAGGAUCGUUCGUCUUCAAUGCAAACCCCUCCUGUUCCAUUCAAAAGUAGGAUAUCGAUAAAAUCAGCAUCGUCACAUGUCGCUGCACCACCAUCGGUCCAAAAUGAGGAUAACCUUGAGAGCGGAGAGAAUGAUUCGGAUAUUCAAGAACGGGAAAAUGAGGAUUCGAUGGACGAAAUUGUCAUGGCAGUCGAAUUGAAAGAACGUGGCACCAUUGGAUGUGCAUAUUACGUCGCAAGAGAAGAGAGGCUGUGUAUGAUGACAGACAUCAGUAUGGCUGGACUUGACAUGAUUGACACUCUAAAGAUUCAUGUAGAGCCUACUAGUAGGAUCUCACGAGAAUCCCUAGGUAUCAUUUAUGCUAAAAUGUUAUAGUAAUUUUGAUAAACACUCGGUGCGAAGAGGCACUAGAAGAGCAUCUCCGUAAAGAUGCCAAGGUUAUUGACAGAGGGGAUGGAAGUAGGUCUUUUUCGAAGGGACUACUUGCGCUGAGCUGACUUUGCAGGUGAUAUAUUUGGUUCAUAUAUCCUCGAUUCUCGACCAGCCGCAGAGUUUUAUUAUGAGACAGCAAAGAAUAGGUUGGCCAGCUUGGAUAUUGGAGCCGCGAGAGACGGGGCCAUGAUGUUUGUCACUGCUGGAGACGAUUUUUCUGGAGAUCGCAACCAUAUUCAGGCAGACUUGGGUGGCGCGAGUCGUCGAGGGGAAUUGAUGAGACUCGCAGGCUGGGUCGACUUGGAGAGCAAAAUCUCGGUAAGUUAUAUGCCCCGAUUUCUUCUCCUAAUGGCAUUCAGCGAAAAUUCAAACAAGUGGAUGGAAUUGACCUACUAUGGCCAUUGUAAUAAAAAGUCUCAAGACCAUCACACAGCUUUACUGACGAGCAUAUUUCUAGGUUGGCUGUGCCGGUGCAGUACUUAACUACCUUGGAAGACGACGGAGUAUAGAUUACUUACCUAAUGACGAGGCUGCAUUGAUUGCAUUCAGGAUUCGCAAGGUUGAGAUGUUUUCAUUGUCGGAUAUGAUGUUCAUAAACGCAGAUACAUUAUCAUCGCUUCAAAUUAUCCAGUCCGAGUCUCAUCCGAACUCGCAUAUGCAAGGUCCGAAUAAGUCAACUUCGGGAUCAAAAGAGAGCUUAUCCGUCUUUGGUCUAUUCUGUCAUUUGGCUAGCACGCCACAGGGUAAGCACAUGCUUCGGAAGAUGUUUUUGAGACCAAGUAUCGAUGUGUCGGUAAUCGAGGAAAGACUCUGGACGAUAGGUACUUUCCUAAUUUCCGAGAAUCAACCAUUAUUACAGGAAAUCCAGAAGAGUCUAAAGAAUAUCAAAGAUAUCAGAACUGUGGUGAUACAUCUUCAGAAAGGUGUAAGUGGAGGCUCUGGUAAAGCAGUAGCGGUCAAAAGCGGAAUCUGGGGUAGCAUCCGUUCAUUCUCCUUCCAUUCGCUCAAGAUACUUGAAGCGUUGCGAAAUUUGGCAGGCGACAAGACAGUGAUCGCUGGCAAGGUGUGAAUAUCUGCAACUUCCAAAUUAAUUCUUACAAAAGCUGACCCAAGAUCCUAGCUCCUCAAUGAAAGUCGCCCUAAUGACCUUCUUGGCAUUGGCCAAAUAAUUACCGAGACGAUAGAUUUUGAGAGAUCGGCCGAGCAACAUCGUAUCACGGUUAGGCAAGGUGUAGACCCAGAGCUGGACGAAAUGAAAAGAACGUACGAUGGCAUAGAGAGUUUUCUUGCGGAAGUCAAAAGAAAAAUUACUGAUGAUAUACCUGAAUGGGCCCGCCAAUAUGUUGAGAAUUGCAUAUACUUUCCGCAGCUUGGUUUUUUGACUGUCGUACAGCUCGACCCCGAAACAGGCGAAGGAAAAUACAAAGGUGAGGGGACGGAAGAAGAUGAAUGGACGCAGACUUUUGUCAGCAAUGAGAAAGUCUAUUACAAGAACAGACGUAUGAGGGAGAUGGACGAGUGCAUUGGUGAUAUGUAUAGUACGAUUGCGGGUAAGUUGUUGCAUAACCAUUUUGUGUAGCACGUACUUAUUAUUCCUGGUCCACUAGGCAGGGAGAUCGAGAUCAUACAUGGACUUACUGUACGUGUACUGGAGCAAGAAAAGCUUCUCAUUACCGUGUCAGACCGAUGUGGUGAGCUUGAUAGCCUUGUUGCACUUGCUCUUGGGGCUAUCAAAUAUCGUUUCAACCCUCCGACUAUUACGCAAGCGAACGUAAUCGAUAUUAAAGGCGGACGACAUCCACUACAAGAGCUUACAGUCUCAUCCUACGUCGCAAAUGACUGUUAUCUUGUAGGUGGGUCAGGAAAUGGCAUUGGCCUUGACCAACAGCUUCCUUCAGAUACCAUCCAGGUGUCGAAAAAUAUGGAAGGUCCGAGUAUGCUUCUUAUGACGGGCCCAAACUAUUCCGGAAAGAGUGUCUAUCUCAGACAAACCGCCCUGAUUGUUUACUUGGCGCACAUUGGCAGUUAUGUUCCUGCUGAUACGGCAGUUGUAGGUCUUACGGAUAAGAUCUUAACGCGGAUCACCACUCGCGAAAGUGUUUCCCGAAACCAGAGCGCAUUCAUGAUUGACUUGCAACAGGUAGCGCUCUGUACAACACUUGCAACUCACCGUAGCCUUGUGGUUAUCGAUGAGUUUGGUAAAGGCACCAAUUCGACAGAUGGAGCGGGCCUUGCUUGCGGCGUAUUUGAAUAUUUCCUUGGGCUCGAUUCUCAUCGCCCAAAAGUACUCGGAGCAACACAUUUCCAUGAAAUUUUUGAGAAUGGAUUCUUGCCCCUGAGACCUGAAUUGGCCUUUGGAUAUAUGGAGGUUCACGUCAACAAAGAAGCUGACCUAGCUGAUGACCAAGUCACAUACUUAUACAAUUUUGUGCUGGGUAGAAGCACUUCAAGCUUUGGUACCUCUUGUGCUGCCAUGAAUGGAAUCGAUUCUGCUAUCGUCGAAAGAGCCGAAGAUUUAAUAUUAUUAGCGGCUCGAGGAGAGGAUCUAACGGAAGCUCUUGCCGCAAACAUAUCGAACAAGGAUGCCCAGGACCUAGAGGAUGCAGAAAUUAUUGGGAGACGCUUUUUAGAACAAAACUUCCCUAUGUCAGGAGGGAGUACUACCGCCAUCGACGUCCGAAGUAUUCUUCGAAACAUCUUAGAUGUCGAAAGUGAGAUUAAAAUGUGAAACAAGGUUUCGAAAAUUCGGAUGUGCAGAACUAUGUUGACCUUUCUCACCAAUGUUCGAAAUUACGUUGAUCAAAGUUGGUCCUCCAAAUGUAGCUCAAAAUUAUGCAAUUUUGCCUUAGUCCUACUAAAUCACUAAACCCCGCAGAGAGAUACAAUUGUUGUCUGAUAGAUGCAACUUAAAGUUCAAUCUUCAGAUUGAUUGUGAGACAUAGUGAUCUAAUAUUUCGAAGUUCAAACAUGUAUGGACUAAUUCAUGGUGGGUGUCUGUUAGAAGCCCCCAAGCCACUUGCUGCUCUUGCAGGGCUGAAAUGGAGCAUUGUCUUAGCAUGUCAUUUACUCUAGUACCAGGAAAAUAUCUAUUAC